UUAUCCACUCAUUUCCCCCCUCUCACUCCACCUUCCAAUCCUGGCAAUGGAUGAUGUCCAUAGCUGAAAAACAAACCAAUUUUUAGAUAAUUGAAAGCAAUAAUGUCUUUCUUCAAAUCGGUGGCGGCAAAUUCCUCUGUUUUCACUCCCAGGGAAGCCACAAUGGCCAUGAGACAAUCUUCUCCUUAUAGAGUAUUUUCACAGAGAGCUAAUUCAUCUCUUAGGAAAACCACCUCUGUUAACUUACUUUAUAUCAGAGGAAGCUCUUCAGUUAGAGUGUUCUCUUUCUUAAAUAUUGCAUGCUAUUCAAGUUAUUCUGGAGAUGAAUUUUAUUCUUCUUCAAAGAGAAGAUCUCGAGGACCUGUUAUGGCUGCAAAGAAAGCAUCUCAAGGACAAAAGGAAGAAGAAGGAAGGUACAAGCAUACUGUUGAUUUGCCAAAGACGGCAUUCAGCAUGAGAGCUAAUGCGUUGACGAGGGAACCUGAAAUUCAAAAACUUUGGGAUGAUCAUCAAGUGUUCAAGACAGUUGUUGAUAAAAAUGACGGGGGAAAUUUUGUCCUUCAUGAUGGCCCUCCAUAUGCGAAUGGGGAUCUACACAUGGGUCAUGCAUUAAAUAAGAUAUUAAAGGAUAUAAUUAAUCGUUACAAGCUUCUUCAAAAUUAUAAAGUUCAUUUUGUGCCUGGAUGGGAUUGUCAUGGUCUACCAAUUGAGUUGAAAGUUCUUCAAUCAUUGGAUCAAGAUGCCAGAAAGGAUCUAACACCACUGAAGUUGAGAGCGAAGGCUGCCAAAUUUGCCAAAGCAACUGUCAAAGCUCAAAUGUCAUCGUUUCAGCGCUUUGGAGUUUGGGCAGACUGGGAUAAUCCUUAUCUAACACUAGAUCCAAAAUAUGAAGCUGCCCAGAUUGAAGUGUUUGGCGAGAUGGCACUUAGAGGAUAUAUAUAUAGGGGUAGGAAACCUGUUCAUUGGAGUCCAUCAUCACGUACAGCACUCGCAGAGGCCGAAUUGGAGUAUCCUGAGGGCCACGUUUCAAGAAGCAUAUAUGUUCUCUUUAGAAUGGUGAGUGCACCGGCAAGUAAAGAUAGCUUACUGAAAGAAUUCUUUCCAGAUUUAUGCUUUGCAAUAUGGACUACAACUCCUUGGACUGUUCCAGCCAAUGCUGCUGUUGCGGUGAAUGCUAAGCUUCAAUAUGCUGUUGUUGGAGCAAAACCAUUCUUUGAAGAUGCCCACCUAUCUGCUGGAAAUAAGAAGAAAAGAGUUGGAAAUGUUCUGAAGGAACCAAAUAUGCCUUUCUUUAUAGUGGCAUAUGAUCUUGUGCCAACACUAGAAGCAAAAUGGGGAAUUAAGCUUAUCAUCAAGAAAACGCUAUUGGGUUCAGAUCUUGAAAAUUUCAGGUAUGUUCAUCCAGUUACCAAUAUCGAAUGCCCUGUUGUCAUUGGAGGAGAUUACAUUACUACAGAAUCAGGAACUGGAUUGGUGCAUACAGCACCUGGUCAUGGUCAGGAGGAUUAUGUGACUGGUAUGAAAUAUGGACUGCCUAUAAAUUCUCCUGUAGAUGAUGAUGGAAAGUUCACCGAUGAAGCCGGGCAGUUUAAUGGGCUUGAUGUUCUUGGAGAUGGUAAUGUUGCAGUUGUCAAAUACUUGGAUGAAAAAAUGUCCCUUAUAAUGGAAGAAUCAUAUGAACAUAAGUAUCCAUAUGAUUGGCGUACAAAGAAGCCUACGAUAUUUAGGGCAACUGAACAAUGGUUUGCAUCUGUGGAAGGCUUUCAUCAGGCUGUUAUGGAUGCAAUUGGUCAUGUAAAAUGGAUUCCUGCUCAGGCUCAAAAUAGAAUUUCUGCCAUGAUUUCCGGCCGUUCUGAUUGGUGCAUAUCAAGGCAAAGAACAUGGGGUCUUCCCAUUCCUGUCUUCUAUCACGUGACUUCAAAGGAACCUCUUAUGAACAAAGAGACUAUUGAUCAUAUCAAAUCCAUUAUAGCUGAAAAAGGCAGUGAUGCAUGGUGGUACAUGACAGUGGAGGACCUGCUACCUGUGAAAUAUCGUGAUACAGCAUCAGAGUAUGAGAAGGGGACGGACACUAUGGAUGUUUGGUUUGACUCAGGCUCCUCCUGGGCUGCUGUCUUGGGAGAAAGAGAUGGCCUUAAUUUUCCUGCGGAUUUGUAUCUUGAGGGUACAGAUCAGCACCGUGGGUGGUUCCAAAGUUCCUUGUUAACAAGUAUUGCCACAAAAGGAAAGGCUCCAUAUUCCAGUGUUAUCACACAUGGAUUUGUAUUGGAUGAGAAAGGCUUAAAGAUGAGCAAAUCUUUGGGGAAUGUUGUAGAUCCUCGUACUAUUAUUGAGGGAGGAAAGAACCAGAAGGAAGUACCUGGGUACGGAGCUGAUAUCAUGAGACUCUGGGUUUCUAGUGUAGAUUAUAGCGGUGAUGUGCUAAUUGGCCCCCAGAUCCUCCGCCAAAUGUCUGAUGUUUAUCGGAAGCUGAGAGGAACAUUGAGAUAUCUCUUGGGGAAUCUGCAUGACUGGAAAGUUGAAAAUGCUGUCUCUUACCCUGACCUGCCCAUGAUUGAUCAGCAUGCACUACUUCAGCUUGAAAAUGUUGUAAAGAAUAUAAGGGAGGGUUACGAAAAUUAUCAGUUUUUCAAAAUAUUCCAGAUCAUACAACGGUUUGUCAUAGUUGACUUAUCAAAUUUCUACUUUGAUAUUGCCAAAGAUCGACUUUAUGUUGGGGGUACGACAAGUUUUACGAGGAGGAGUUGUCAAACUGUUCUUGCUGCACAUCUCCUUUCCCUAUCCAGGGUAAUUGCUCCUAUCCUGCCACAUUUGGCAGAGGAUGCAUGGCAGAAUCUUCCUUUUCAGUACACAAUCAAAGAUGGUUCUGUUGCUGGAUUUGUUUUCGAAUCAAAGUGGCCAUCCGUUAAUGAGAUAUGGCUCGCAUUUCCAGCCGAAGAAAUUGAUUUCUGGGGAAAGGUCCUUGAGCUGAGAACUGAGGUAAACAAGGUGCUGGAGGUUGCUCGUAUGGGAAAGCUGAUAGGAUCCAGUCUGGAAGCAAAGGUUUAUUUACAUGCGUCUGAUGCUGGCCUGGCGUCUAGAUUACUCAAAAUGUGUUCAGCUAACAAUGAUGCAGACGCCUUGCAUCGCAUAUUCUUAACAUCUCAGGUAGAGGUAGUUUCAUCUUUAGACCAUGAAUUUGUUCAAAAUAUUUCACAUACCGGAGAGUAUGUUGUUGAGAACAACAAGGUUUGGAUUGGAGUAUCAAGGGCGGAUGGUUCCAAGUGUGAACGAUGUUGGAAUUACUCUCCUCAAGUUGGAUCUUUUCCAGAACACCCUACCCUUUGUGCCCGCUGUUUUAAAGUUGUGGGUAUUCAAUCAACUCCGGCAAUGGCGGAAGCUGUCGCUGAGACCUAAACUCAUCAAAUCCAGCUGAAAA